AUGACGUCAGGCAGCUGGUUGAACUGGGGAUCUAGAGCUGCUAGAGAUGCACAGCUAGCCCGAUUGGACGAACGAGAGGAUGAGGAAAUUGACGAUGAUGGUGAUGAGACGAACGGAAACGAUGCCAUAGACGAAGAUGACUAUGUUCCAGACGAUAAUGGUGAUGUAAUUGAUGAUCACGUUUCGCAGGAUAAGAAACGGUCAACGUCGUGGAACUUCUGGAACAACGGCAGCAGCACUGGAGAAGGAAAUGGAGCCAACAACAAUAACAGCAAUUUGAAGAAAGAAAAAGAAAAAGAGAAGGAAAAGGAGAAGGAGAAAGAUAAAGAGUUCCAUCAUAUGUCCAACACUAUUGUCAACUCCAUACCGACGAUACCGACAAGACAAGAACUUCAGCAGAAUAUAGGCACAAAUGAUACAACACAGGAUCCAACUCCAGAAGUGGAUGAUGCUGUUUUAUAUAAACCUCAUGAUAAGACAGCCGAUUUCCAGCAGAUAAACACCCACAAAAACGAAAAUCUCAAGGAGAACGUAAUCGUACCUGAUUGGAACCUGUGUCUACCCCAUCAAACGUAUUCUUCGCCUGGAGGCAUCAGUUCUUCCAUUUUUGGAAGUUCCACCACAGCCAACGAGAGUGCCCAAAAGGGCGAUUUGCGAAGUUGGAGACUGUACUUGAAUACUUUAUCUACCCGUUUGGGAUUUUCUGCUCUGGACAUUGUUGGAGAAGAGGGUCAAACAAAUGAAUUACAGCCAGCAAAACGUGAGUUGGCGGAGAAGGAAUUCAGUUUACUCUAUGAGAGAUCAUACAAACUUUAUGGCAGAUCGUUAGCCAAAUUGCCGGCUCAUAAAAGGUCUUGUUUGCCCAACUAUAACAAAUACUACACGAAACAUGAAACUGAUGAAGAUUAUCGCUUCAACCAGCUUACUCAGAUUGAAGAAGACGCCGAAGAUCCUAACUCAAUUUCCAUAUCCAACGAUCCUUUGGGAAACCUUUUAAUCAACCACGGCCCAAAGAAACGACAACAAGGAAGUCUCAAGAUCAAUCCUUCCGAUAUAGUGAAUCAGAAAUCUGGUCCCCUCCACAAAAUCAGUAAGAUUUUGAUCAUCGGUGUCCAUGGAUUCUUUCCAACUAAGAUGAUAAGACCGAUUAUUGGUGCUCCCAAAGGUACUUCGUUGAAGUUUGCCAACGAGGCUGAAAAGGCAGUAAUCAGAUACUGCAUCGAAAACAAUCUUAUCAAUGAAACGGAAUCCAAGGUCAGCAUCCAGAAGAUUGCUUUGGAAAAAGAAGGUAAGAUUUUCGAUAGAGUUGACUUCUUUACUGAAAUUGUUAAGAGGUGGCAGCAGGAGUUGAACGAAGCAGAUUUCAUUUUUGUAGCUUCUCACUCACAAGGUUGUGUGGUUUCUAUCAUCUUAUUGGCCAGGUUGAUCAGGAUGGGUAUUCUCAAGGACCCCAUCAAGAAGCGUAUUGGUAUUUUGGGAAUGGCAGGUAUUAACAAUGGUCCAUUCUAUGGUGCUGACAAGUCAUUGUUCAUGAAAGCGUAUUCGACAAUAGAACACGAAUCGUUGAUUGAAUUGUUUGAGUUGACGAAGUUCGACAGCCAGCAAUCGUUGGUGUAUAAGGAGUCGAUGCAGAUCAUCAUCAAUGCUAAUGUGAAGAUAUGCUUUAUUGGAUCUAUCAACGAUCAGUUGGUACCUCUUUAUUCGGCAGUGGCAUCGCAUGUGUUCCACCCCAAUAUCUAUAGAGCGUGCUAUAUUGACCAUUCUUCGCAGACUCCAUUAUUCGUUCAGAAGUUGGUAUCCUUAUGCUGUCAGUUGCAGAAUCUUGGAUAUUUCGAUAAUAACGUUAUCAAGGAACUCAGCACUUCAUUGGCCGGUCCUAUGAGAGCUGGAGGACACUCCAAGAUUUACAAUGAUGGAAAAGUUUACGACUUGGGUAUCAAAUUUGUGUUGGAUACAGAUGAUCUUGUGAUUCCUCCCACUGCUGCUAUUACGAUCGUCAAUAUCCCGCCAACCAACCAAGUAUACAUAAAAGAAUUUAACAUUGGCAAGAUUGGAACGAAUCCGUUCAUUCUUCCGUGGUGCUUGCGCGGAUUGUUGUUCAACAUUGAGAAAAACUGGCCCAACAACAACAAGCUCCUUACAGUUGAGCAUGGCAAAGACUUUGGCAAGAGUGGCUACGAUGAAAUCAACGAGUUGUAUCUACUGUUUGAGGACUGGAAGCCAGAAUCGAAGAUGCUCAAGGAAUUGAAGUUCCGUUUGAAUGGACUUCGUGCCAGUAAGCUAUAG